GGCUGACAGCCUACAACCUACCCAACGCAUGCGAGUACCAAUGCUCUUUUUCCUCGGCUCCUUGGCUGAAAACCUUUCCAGCUGACGAGGCUUCGAUCUCAACGAUACCUAAGGUAUACCAAGACCUUUGCGACUGCGGAAGCUUGGUUGUAACCCCGCAUCAUCUCAACAUGGCACGCGGACAGCAUCUUCUCGUCGGAUCUGCUCUCAAAACUAUGACAUCGUCGCUCGAUACCGGCGCAUGACUCGCUAACGAGGCAACAACCUCUCCUGCGACACUCGGCCCUUUCUGACGGCUCGUCGCCGGUCUCAGUCGUGGUAUUCCUCAAUGGCCGAGUCCAAUGAGGACCAUUCUGGAGAACCAGCAACACCCGACUCGCUCCUCCCCUGCGAUGCCUGCAGGCGCCGGAAAGUCCGCUGUUCUAAGACCGAGCCAUGCCACAGGUGUGUCUCGUCUGGUCUGAGAUGUACAAGAGAUAUUGCCCGGAAAAAGAGGGGACCAAAGAAAGGAUCAGGCUCAGUGAUUGCUCGGCUAAGGGACGAAGGACACCAGCUAUUGCCGCAAGACGGGAGUCUACCAGCAUUCGACCUCUCGCAGCUACAAUUGCAGAUGCCAUCGCUGAAUAGGACAAUCAGCAAUGACAGUCCACUUGGAUCGCAACUGACCUCUCCUUUGUCAUCGCCAACCAACUCAAACCCUGGCGACCCCUUUGGACCAACAUCAGAUCCCGCCGGCGUGCCUCGAUCCGUUCCCAGUCUACAGAAUGGCACUGCGUUCGAACCGACCUCGCAUACAGCCUUCGCACAAGCAGGCAUCCAAUUCCCAGCCUCAUGGCAAAUGCAACCAUCGGAACUGCUACAAUUCCAAGCACCCAUCUCCCCUUCCGACUACAUGACCAUCAGCGACCUGGCCCAGCAGAUCUUCCAUGAAGCACCUCUCUCGAUGGGGACCGUGCUCCCACCACCUCGAUCAUCUCAACGCUCUCCGUCCCGCGCAUCCACUCCUCUCACCAAACCAAUCUCCCUCGACGCUGUGCUCACCAACACCAAUGGCGCACCAUCACCCGCGACAACAACCAGCUCCCCAAUGCCCCUCCUGGGCCCCAAGUUCCUCUACCGAAGCGACUCGCAUUCCUCUCCCAUCGAACCCCAGAUCCAGUCGCUGGCCGCCGAAUUUGGCCUCUCUGCGCUUCUCAUGUCCCAAUGCAUCAGCCAAUACUUUCGUCAUCUAUACUCUAUCCGUCCCAUCAUCCACGAACCCAGCUUCCUUUCACGUCUACACUCUCCCAAAGACUUGUCCGUCGAAGAAAAGAUUCUCGUCCUCUCCCUCUGCGCCACAACCGUCUUACACGCGGCCCCUCAAUCUGACCUUCAACUCGACAAAAAGCUCUCCCUCGGACGGCACUUUGUCGAACUAUGUCUUCAUCUCCGCCAAGUAGCAGACUGGGCCGAAAACACCACUCUUCUCUCUAUCCAGGCAUCCUACCACAUCGCUGUUGCACUCUUUGAGCUCAAACGCCCUCGAGCCCAUGCCUUCUACCUGCGCGAGGCUGUUGGGAUGGCCCUCGACCAGGGCCUGCACCUCGAAUCAACCUAUCACACCAUGGACGACGUACGAGCGAUAUGCUCGCGACGGACAGUGGCCUUACUCUUCAUCACCGAACGCGGGCUUGCCAUUCUGCGCAACAAGCCCACGCAAAUGACGCGCCUCCCGCGCCUGUCGACAGAGUACUUUGAUGAGACGGACGGUAUCGUGCUCGCCGGCUUUUCGGCCUUGGCCACUCUCUUUUCCAUUCUGGACGAGAAAUUCGUACGACUCUGGUCCGGCGACCCCAACGGCGAGCCGGUGGAUAAUAUCGCUAGUCUCCAGCACGCGCUGAACGAAAUGUCUUUUGAUACGCCGCAGGGCAACUUCGCCAUGACGGACGUCCAAAGAGCCGACGUGCUCAUUACACAUCAAUGGCUGCGUCUUAUUUUCUGGCAGGCGAGCAUGCGUCAGGGCCUGAUAAGCUACUCGGCCAACAACCCCAUCUUCUCAGCUCUAUAUCCGAUUACGAUCGCCAAGGACUUGUGCGACUGCGUAGGCCUCGAUGACGCCAGUUCGUACGAUGCGAUCCUCGUGCAUGGCAUGGGAAUUUUCGAAAAAAUCUUCGAGGUCGCGUACACGCUCAUGGAUGCAUUGACGAUUGCGAAUCAGAAUUGGAGUGAAAGUUGGGAACUUCGAUGUUUGUUCAAUGUGCUGAGCGCGAGUCCGAAUAGCCAGAGUACGUAUGUGAAGAUGCUGAGGACUAAGCUUGAGAGUGAGAGAAGUCCGCCGCAGAGUCCGCCUUUGAAUAGCUAGCGCAGUACGUUACAAUGGAUUGGGUGGUGAUCUGGUACGGAUAUGGCUGAAGGUGGCGCGCGGUAUGGUUACAGUAUAUAAUCGGUCUAUUUAUUGUACAUACGGCCUGGAUAGGAAGAUGAGAGAUGUAUUUGAGGUGCUAUACGACCAGGAAAUACCCGUGUUGAAAUGUCCACCAUGCUUUGGGAGGAUUGGUUUCAUCGUUCUCCUGAUCUAAGAUACAGUCUCACUUGAUUCUGCUCUUUCACCCACCGGCGUUCAUCCACCAUCAACUGCCAAAAUUGCGCCAGCAACAGAGAUCGCCAUGUUUUCAGCGAGAAAGACACGAAUAUCAACUACCUCGUCAGACUGACUGGCCAACCCGGUUCAUCGGAUAUUCGCACAAGGGCGUUCGUCUCCAGCCAAGCCCUGACUUCUGGCUUCGGGUUUGUCAUCGGCGAAUUUGAAAACAAUAGGCAAGAUAUCGUUCAGGCGAAUCCGGUCUACAGCAUCGUCGAUCGCAUCGGAGGCGCGUUAUCGUUAACACACCCUGCUUUUGCGCCACUGCACACCCUGGAAAUAUGGACAUCGUAUACAGUGCCAGGGCGGAGGGGUUGUUGACGAACGAAUCCCACGCUGGACGCGGUAAGGCGGGAUGUGGGUAUCUG